UCCAAGUCGAAAUUGGAACAAGCAUACCCAAAUCCGAAUCCAAUUCCCAAUUCUCUCUUUCAACCCUAAAUCACUCUCUUCUCUCUCAACGCAACGCAAAGAGAACCCAACAUCAAUCACAACCUCAUUCAUCACUUCUAUUUCAGCUCAACCAAACAUGUCUGACGAACGAGAUGUGCAUCCCGAUUGCCGGAAUGCAAGUAAUCGUUUUCAUGAAUGUACUGAUUAUUGCUUUAGAGUCAUCGCUGAAGCUAAACUCAGGAUGCAGCAACAUGAGUCUGAAGUUGCUCAAGCUAGUGGUGGAAGUGGCCGUGAGCAAGCCAUUCCAAAUGAAGUAUAUCCUGACGAGGGAAUGCAUGAUGACGAUGAUGGACCGAAAGCUGAAGAAAAUUCUGACAGUGAACCUGAUCAGCCUGCUAUUGAAAACACGGAUGGCUCCUUCCCGAAACUAUCUGCCAGACAGAAAAAGUGGAUGGAGUUGAGAGCCAAAAUGCAAGAUGCAAAGAAGCGUAAUCAAAUUGAAAUAGCUAAUGAAAAAAAGAGGAUGGAGGCUCCAACGGAGUCUAGGGGUGUUUCUAAGCAGAAGUGGCUUGAUGGUAGAAAGAAAAAGAUUGGAAAGCUUCUUGAUGCAAAUGGAUUGGAUAUGACAAAGGCAUAUAUGCUUGACACACAGGAGGCUGCAGAAGAGAAAUACAAAAAAUGGGAGAAGGAUCCUGCCCCAUCUGGUUGGGAUGUUUUUAAUCAAAAGACAUUAUACAAUGCAUACAAAAAGAGGACCAAGAACAUUGAAGUUGAUGUAGAAGAAUACAAUAGAAUGAAAGAAGCUGAUCCAGAAUUCUAUCGCGACGCUUCAAGUCUUCAGUAUGGAAAGGCGCCAAAAAUCUCAGAGGACAAGAUUGAUAGGAUGGUUCAAGAGCUAAAGGAUAGGGACGAGAAGCGCAGGGCAUUUAGCAGGAGAAGAACAUUUCGCGAAGAGAAAGAUGUUGACUCGAUCAAUGACCGUAAUGAGCAUUUCAACAAGAAGAUUGAACGUGCCUUUGGUAAAUACACAUUGGAGAUUAAAAAUAACCUCGAGCGAGGAACUGCAUUGCCCGACUAAGGCACUUGCUUUUGCAGUGGUCUGUAAUAUAUUCGUUCUGAUACUGGUAAUUUUGAAUGGUGGAUUGCAUUUUCUGGAGUUUUUAUUAUCAGAUGUAAUGUUAAAGACUAACAUUGUACUGUGCACAAAUGGAACAUUGUGUAGUAUUUUUAACUUCAAAUACUAAAUGCUUGCUUCGGACACGGGUUCUUCAUUCGAAGCACUCUUUUCAUUCAUUAUAGUAUGUCUUCAAUUGAA